CGACCUACAGCUAAAAAUAUUUUUCAAAAGCUUGAAAAAUGGUAUGGCUUUAUAGAAGAACUUGAUGAAAUUGAUAUUGAUGAAUAUGACAUAAGUAUAAUAGAGCUCGACGAAUCUGAUAAACCAGAAAAAGUAGAAAUAUGUAAUAAAUUUUGGGAAUCCGAUGAAAUGGCCAAACAGUUACCCGUAACUUUGCAGAAACACCAUGAUGACACAUAUACGAGUCAAUUUAUCGAUACUUAUGAUAUUUCUCAACGAUACAAUGAAUUGUUUAAAAGCGUUAACCUCUCUCAGCAGCAUGAUGAAUCAGUUUAUAUUGGCAAAACAG